CGCUGGGAGAUGUAGUCCGCCCAGCCGGGCCCCGCUGGGCGUCGCCGGCCCGUUCCGCGGCCAUGCGGGGCGGCGGGGACGGGGGGCCCCUGCUCUGGGCCGGGCUGACGCUGCUGCUCGCGGCCGCCGUGCCUUGGGCGGCUGCCAGGCCGCGGCCCGCCGCCUCGGGGCGCCGGCCGCGGCACAGCGUGGUGCUGGUGGCCUGCGACUCGCUGGAUGGACGUUUGACAUUUUAUCCAGGAAAUCAGACUGUGGAAUUGCCUUUCAUAAACUUUAUGAAAAGACAUGGCACUGUCUUUCUCAAUGCUUAUACCAAUUCUCCAAUUUGUUGUCCAUCCCGUGCAGCUAUGUGGAGCGGUCUUUUCACUCAUUUAACAGAGUCUUGGAAUAACUUCAAAGGUCUAGAUCCAGAUUAUGUAACAUGGAUGGAUCUCAUGCAGAAGCAUGGCUACCAGACACAGAAGUAUGGGAAAUUGGAUUACACUUCUGGACAUCAUUCAGUGAGUAACCGUGUGGAGGCCUGGACUAGGGAUGUUGACUUCCUGCUACGGCAAGAAGGGAGACCCGUGGUAAAUCUUACUGGCGAUAGGAGGCACGUGAGAGUGAUGGAAGCAGAUUGGCGGAAUACUGACAAAGCAGUGGCUUGGAUACGGGAAGAGGCCGUUAACCUUACUCAGCCAUUUGCUCUUUAUUUGGGACUAAAUUUACCACAUCCCUAUCCAUCACCUUAUGCAGGAGAAAAUUUUGGUUCCUCUACAUUUUUAACAUCUCCCUAUUGGCUUGAAAAGGUAAUGUAUGAAGCUAUUAAAAUUCCCAAGUGGUCUUCUCUUUCAGAGAUGCAUCCAGUAGACUAUUAUUCGUCCUACACCAAGAAUUGCACAGGACAGUUUACAAAGCAAGAAGUGAAAAAUAUUAGAGCAUUUUAUUAUGCUAUGUGUGCAGAGACAGAUGCUAUGCUUGGUGAGAUUAUUUCAGCUCUGAGAGAUACUGGGCUUCUUAAAGAAACAAUUGUUAUAUUCACUUCUGAUCAUGGAGAACUUGCUAUGGAGCACCGGCAGUUCUACAAAAUGAGCAUGUAUGAAGGAAGUUCCCAUGUUCCUCUUUUAGUUAUGGGGCCAGGCAUCAAAGAACAGCAGCAAAUAUCAAACAUGGUGUCUCUUGUGGAUAUAUAUCCUACUAUGCUUGAUAUAGCAGGAAUUCCUGUCCCACAGAACAUCAGUGGAUAUUCUCUUAUACCGCUGCUACAGGGAAAGGCUGAAGAUGAAGUGUCACCCAGAGGGCCUCGGCCCUCGUGGGUGUUGAGUGAGUUCCAUGGGUGCAAUGUGAAUGCUUCCACGUACAUGCUUCGAACUGAUAAAUGGAAGUAUAUCGCGUACUCAGAUGGCCAUUCAGUACUUCCACAACUGUUCGACCUUUCUGCUGAUCCAGAUGAGCUGACAAAUGUUGCUGUAAAAUUCCCAGUAAUUGUAAAUUCCUUGGACAAAAUACUUCGCUCUGUAGUAAACUACCCAAAGGUUUCUUCUUAUGUUCAGGACUAUAACAAAAAACAGUUUAUCAGCUGGAAACAAAGUUUGGGCCAGAAUUACUCCGCUGUUAUUGCCAACCUUAGAUGGCAUCAAGACUGGUUAAAGGAACCAAAAAAAUAUGAGAAUGCAAUUGACGAGUGGCUGAGUCAGAGAGAAUUAAUAAAAUAAAUAAAUAAAUAAAAACAAUGCAGAUUUCUUAUGACCGAUGAUGUGGAAACAUUCUACAUUUGUGAUAUUCUGUUGUAUUUCAAGUGUUAGAACUGCUAUCUUAUACAAGCUAUUUAAAGCAAAGAUGCUCAGAGAAUUACUGGUUGUUGUUAAAAAACCAAAAACAUUUUAUAUAACUAGCCAGCACAACAGAUUUAGGUUCUACGUGUUAUAAUUCCAUAUCACUUAAGUAUUCAUAGGAAGGAUAGCACAUAAGUAUUGAUUAUGUGUAUGGAAUGUUUAGCUGGUUGCCGAAAUGCCAAGUAUUAAGUGUCAGAACUUAACAGGAAUUAGCAUUUCUAAGGACAGACUGGAAAACAGAUUAUAGUACCUAGUAUGGUAGGAUUCCAGUCACAGAGAAAUGUGCUAGAGCCGGUUUUCCAUCAAGGUGAACUUUAAGCUCAUAAUAAAUUCUCAGUCAUCCAGUUUGGAGAUGCUGUAGAGGUUCAAAUUUCAUCAAAAAGAUAUCAACCAGUACUGGUCUGGACAUAAAUGCAGUUUAUUCAAGUACUUAAUAUUUUCAGCAUUCACUAUUUGUACAUCAUUGAAUCUCCAUCCUUUGAGGAUCAGCCUUCUAAUCUCUGGCUUUUGGAUCUGAACUUAUCAUGCUUCACUGUUCAAAAUAAUUUCAUUAUAUGCAUAGGCUACGCAUUGAACGUGUUUCCUAUGAAGAGGAAUUUGGCCUUUGGUCACUGUUGGAAAUUAAAGGGGGAAAAAAAAUAAUAAGACCCUCAGACCAAACUUGUUACUACAGCUGUUCUGUGAAAAGGGGUAAUGCUAUUUGCACAACAUACGGUGAAAACUGAUUGAGUAGAUUCCCCAUUAUGGAGUUAGAUUCUGCAGGUAAAUGUUUUAAUGUGCAAAACUGGAAUAUGAAAUGUAUACAGAGGAGAUGCUGUUGAAGCUUGCAGAAAAAAUUAACAUAAAAAUACUAUUUGUCAUUUUACCAGGAAUGUGACAAAAAACAAAGCAGUUUUGGAAGGAGAUAAGAUUUAGCUAGUAAGUCUUAACUUUUGCUUAAUGAAGAAUACCCUCAUAGCAGCACUUACAAGUGCUUAUUUUCAAGCAUGGUUGUUGCAGCUAUAGUAGGAAUUCAGGAUGAUACUAUAGUUCAUACCUAAAUGCCCUCUGGAAUUUUUAAUGCAAUAUUCAGCAGUAACAGUAAGCUUGUUAAAAAAAUAAUAAUAAAAUGAAAAAAAAGUAUUUUCUGAUGGUUAAGUACUCUACAUGCAUUUUGUAAACUGCUUACUACACUAUUAUUAGGUAUAUAUUAAGUUCAAAUAAACCUUUAAACCC